AUGGCGAAAUACAAACCCAAAAGUAUAGAAUGUAAUAAUUCCCUUGUCCCUCCCAUAUAUGUUGGCGAAAAGCAAUGGCCCAAGGAACUACUGGCAAAUAAGCACUGCUCAAUUACUCCUUUUCAAUGGGUUAAUGAUUUUGCUGUUGAUGUUAAUGAAACGCAAAGCAAGAGCUUCCAUUUUGAUGCAACCGGUAGCCUCAACGAAGAUAAUCUAUUUACUUCAUUUAAUAAGCUACCAAAUUGGCUUGCUGAUUUUUACAUGGUGGUCUGCAGCGAUUCGAAUACUAGCAACAUGACAUUCAAGUUUUACUAUUUAACAAUUUACAUGAAUGCCUCGAGGAUAGCUCAAAUAAAUGCUGUGAGGAAAACGCAUCGCAGUGAUCAGCCCAAUUUUUAUUUAUUAGGCAUUGAUUCUGUGUCACAUGCUGCAUUUGAGUAUGUAAUGCCAGAAACAAACAACUUUAUCAAGAACGUAAUGAACUCCACUAUCUUUAAUUUGUAUAAUGUUGUUGCAGAUGGUACAACUUCAAACUUGCUGGCCUUAUUAACCGGGCGAAUUGAAGAAGAAUUUCACGAAACCCGAAGAGGUUAUGCUAAUUCUGAUACAGUGGACGAAUUCAACUGGAUCUGGCAGGAACUAGAGAAAAAACUAGGUUAUGCCUCAUUGUACUCAGAGGAUAUGCCUUCAUUUGGCACAUUUCAAUACCGUCUUUUGGGUUUCCGGAACAUACCAACCACGCACUAUCUGCGCCCAUUUUUAUUAAAGGCAAAAGAAUAUAACUGGGCUUGCCUUGGCAGAGAUUUAGAACAUAAAAUAUUACUUUACUGGACUGAAGUAUUUGUUGAGAAAUACUCAAAAUAUGUAGGGUUGUCUCGAAUUCCAUGGUUUGCGUUUACUUUCUUAUCUGAAAUCUCACAUGAGACUAAUCCAAGCAUAAAAGUUUACAUGGACAAUGACGUUGCAAAUAAUCUGCGCAAUCUGUACAACCGAAAAUUGUCGGUCGAAGGAUUGGACAAUACAAUUUUACUUCUCUUCGCUGAUCAUGGUUCUCGAUUUUCGAGAUACAAAGGCGGAAUUCAGGUAUGCAUACUUUGGUUAAAUAUUCCUCAAUGUUUUGCAUACUAG